ACAGUACAGGAGCUGACCAGAGACUGCAGACACAGUACAGGAGGUGACCAGAGACUGCAGACAUAGUACAGGAGAUGACCAGAGACUGCGGACACAGUACAGGAGAUGACCAGAGACUGCGGACAUAGUACAGGAGAUGACCAGAGACUGCGGACACAGUACAGGAGAUGACCAGAGACUGCGGACACAGUACAGGAGAUGACCAGAGACUGCGGACAGUACAGGAGAUGACCAGAGACUGCAGACACAGUACAGGAGAUGACCAGAGACUGCAGACACAGUACAGGAGAUGACCAGAGACUGCAGACA